GGUUGGCCUGGAAUAAGUAAUGGACACUUGUUUGAUUACACUAACAGUACUGCUAUUGUUCGCUUACUGUCCUGAUUUUUUUUUCUUUCUUUUUUUUUUUUAAUUUUUCCCCGUGAGGUCUCUUUGGAUUUAUUUAUACCAAAUUAAGGCUGUGGAAAAAGUCCUAGCAAAAAAAAAAAAAAUGGUUGCCACCUCUCUCUCCUGACUUCCUCAGUCCUUCGGACGAAGAAGCCGCCUAAAGUCAGAUGGGAGCUGUGUCUGUGUAUCCGUGGUGUUUACAAAGGGCUGCAUGGGGAGCUCUCACAGCCGUUACUCGUGGUCUUGGUGAUGGUCCAAGGACACCUAGAAGAAUCUGAGAACGGGAACAGGUUGUACGGAGCAAAUGCCAGCAUGACAAGGGUCUGAGGAGGUGCUUCUGUGUUCCUACCGAGGUUUUGCGAGUGCAGAGGAAGGGUGCAAGGACAGCAGGGACGUUUUGAGCUACCAUGGAUAUUCCCACCGAUUUGGUGCCGUCCUCCAUGAUGUCCCAACCUGAGGUGACUGAGUCCACAGCCAUGAGCGAACCACAGUGCUACUACAAUGAAACCAUUGCCUUCUUUUAUAACCGAAGUGGAAAAUAUCUAGCCACUGAAUGGAACACUGUCAGCAAACUUGUAAUGGGACUGGGGAUUACCGUCUGCAUCUUCAUAAUGCUGGCUAACCUCUUGGUUAUGGUGGCUAUUUAUGUCAACCGCCGAUUCCACUUCCCUAUUUAUUACUUAAUGGCCAACUUAGCCGCUGCGGACUUUUUUGCAGGGCUGGCUUACUUUUACUUAAUGUUCAACACGGGACCCAACACUAGAAGAUUGACUGUAAGCACCUGGCUUCUCCGUCAGGGUCUCAUUGACACUAGCCUGACAGCUUCUGUAGCCAAUUUGUUGGCCAUUGCUAUUGAGCGGCACAUUACAGUUUUCCGAAUGCAGCUGCAUACUCGGAUGAGCAACCGGCGAGUGGUGGUCGUAAUUGUUGUUAUCUGGACUAUGGCCAUUGUCAUGGGCGCCAUACCAAGUGUCGGAUGGAACUGUAUUUGUGAUAUCACUCACUGCUCCAACAUGGCACCACUCUAUAGUGACUCCUACCUGGUGUUCUGGGCUAUUUUCAACCUGGUCACUUUUGUGGUCAUGGUGGUCCUAUAUGCUCAUAUCUUUGGGUAUGUCCGCCAAAGGACUAUGAGAAUGUCCAGACACAGUUCUGGACCCCGCAGGAAUCGGGACACCAUGAUGAGUCUCCUGAAGACUGUGGUCAUUGUGCUUGGUGCUUUCAUAAUCUGCUGGACCCCAGGAUUAGUCUUGCUGCUCCUCGAUGUUUGCUGUCCCCAGUGCAAUGUCCUGGCCUAUGAAAAAUUCUUCCUGCUCCUGGCAGAGUUCAACUCCGCCAUGAAUCCCAUCAUCUACUCCUACCGGGACAAGGAGAUGAGCGCAACCUUCAAGCAGAUCCUCUGCUGCCAGCGCAGCGAGAGCGCCAACGGCCCCACCGAAGGAUCGGACCGGUCGGCAUCUUCGCUCAACCACACCAUCUUGGCUGGCAUCCACAGCAACGACCACUCGGUGGUGUAAAACCGCAGCUAGCUGCGUGGCCGACAAAGAGCAGCGGGCUACACUGCGGAGCAGGGUGGGUGCACAGCCCCGGGGAAGGUAACCCACUCACAAUGUUUUCUCAAACACUAAUGGACUACAAGUGCUUCUUUUCCAGGGAGCCCAACACACCGGCACGGUCUGCCCCAUCUGCAGGACUGGCCGUGAUGCAAGGUCUUUGAUUUCUACUUUCAAAAAGUAGAAGGCAGAUGCCUUGUGGCAGAGGCCCUUGGUAGCCCAUGGAAAAAAGCUUACUGAGACUUUGUCGGACUUUGCUGCGUCUUGGUGCCAGUCUGAAUCAACUCUGAUUAAUUAAGCUUAUACCUGCUUCACUGCAUUUACAUGUAGCCACUUAGUCUUUUUAAAAAGGGAGUAAAGGGGAUAAAAGUAUGCCUAUCAUUUAAUAGACAUGUAAUAUUUAUCACCAUCAGCAUGCUUGUGAUGAACAUUUUCUGUGCAGGGAGUAAAACUGUGCUCUAGUCUUCGUAUCCUUAGCCACACUGCCAUAACUACAGUAAAAACAAAAGUAUUUUUUUCUAAUACAGGCAACAGGAAGAUGAUGGAAACUGACUCUUCUUACCUUCAUUACUGGUGUUAGAGAGCAUGCAUGUUCUGUGUGUAUGCAGAUUAUUUUAAUUAUAAAAAAUAAAAGCUCGUUGUAAAGUCUGCAGGAAAGUAGAAAAGCAUAGACUGUAUUCCAGUGUUUGUUUAGAUUAUGAAAUAAACAGUACUCUAGCCACAAGGUAUUUAACGUUCUUCUUUGAAGUGCGGCAUGAAAUAUGUAACGUGUGAAGGGUCCCAAGUUUUUUACAUACAAGUUCUUAAGGUAGAACACAUCCCUAAAGCUCUUAAAGGGCUACAGUCAGGUUGGUAGAUUUUAAAAACAAAUGUAUUUAUGGCAUUGGAAUGCUUUUCUUUUUCAUGGCAGAAAGCAAAGGGAUUUUUAACAUUAAAAAAUGUAUGUGUUUUUAUGGAACAUUUCUUGUAAUUGAAAACAAAACACCUUACGCAUUUUUGCACUGAGAAAUAUUUGUAGGGUGUCUUUUAAAUGAUGUACCCUUUGUUUCAAAAGCAGUGGGCUACUAAAAGCUAAGGUACAAUUUUAUUUUGUGAAGUCAAGACAGCAUAUGUAGUAGUCUAUUGCAAAUGACUGGACCAUGUUACAUAUAAUAGCCACACAUGUGCAUUGUUAUGAAUAGCUAAGCUAACAGAUCUAUUUUUUUCACAUAUGGCUGUUUUGAAGAGAAAUGCAACCCACAUGAAUCUUGGUUGCCAAGAAUCAGUGACAUUAAUCAAAACUCCUUGACGGGUAAAUGUGAGCAAAGAUGGGAUCUUGCUGAUAGAAAACUUGGGACCUUUCUUUGUGAAACUGUGUGUUCUCUUAACAAUGUAAAAUAUAUGAACAGUAAAUUCCUGGGGCCAUUUUCCUCAUUGUAAUUUGCCUCUAUAAUGAAAAAAAAAAAAAAAAUCAGUGGUGUAUCCGUCAGUGUAACAUACUGGAAUGUAACAUAAGGGACAAUAUUCUCCCAUUUGGUGAGGGAAGAAAUGGAGGGGAAAGGGUCAGCCCAGCAAAAAGAGUUUUUCGCAUCUCUUACUUGGAAGAGAUGCUUGCAUUUUAUGCUUCCAAGCAUCAAAUUCUUUUGAAAAGGCAGUUCCUUGCUGAGGGAGGGAAGAGCAGCAAGUGAGCAAAACCUAUCUGCCACUGUUUUCAGUAAAACUGAAAUUCACCUGUACUGUCAAGCCAAAUUUGUGUGGACACUGUGGAAGGUGGAGUGGGCAGAGGGGAUAAGCACAGCAUUAUCUGCCAGUUGAACAAGGUAUUGAAUGUCACACUUGCUUUAGACAAAACAGCUCUUUUUUCUGACUGUGUUCAAAAGCAAGUGAAUGUAAAGGUUGAUUUGUUUUUUAUCCACAUAACUGUACUGAGAAAGAGAAGAACAGGCCGUAUGUUUUUCAUUUAAAAGCAUCUGCUUGAUAAGCCACUCACGAAUUUUUCUUAGUGCCUGUGUGAUGUUUGAGCUGGUGCAGGUAAGCAGAAGAAAGGAGAGGGUAAGUGCCUCCAAAGAUAGGGGACAUCUGACUGAAAAACAAUUUCCUGUUCUCAAGAGUGCUUGGAGUUGCUUUCUUCCCUGGAUCCAGGCAGAGCGCUUUUUCGUGUCCCCAACUUCCCCACAAAAGAAGGACAUCGUAGUCACUUUAUAUUUUUUUAGGGGGUUGCCCUUUCCAAGUGACCUUUUCACUGCUGUUUGCAUGCUCUUUAUUGAAUCUCUCCUGGAUAGGGUGGGAGGACAAUGUUAAGAAAUAGCACCAAAUCAUUCACCCUAGUUCACCAUGCUGAAAGUGUGGUGGUUUUGGAGAAGCCGUGAGUAAUUUUAAACCAGGGGUGCAAUGGUUUGUGACACAUAGGUGGAUCCAGAGGACCCUUGCGAAGACAGAUGCCCAAGGAGGCUUUUCUUUUCUCAUUGUAAGUGCAACAGGUGGCAGUUGCUGCCCAGGUACAUCGAUCAGCCCUUUUCCAAGGAGGCACUCGACAAUUCAAGAAGCUGGACAUUUUGAACUCUUAACAGCACGUAAAUUUCAGUCGUGAGGUAGAUUAAUCCAGGAGCACUUCUGGCAGCAGGUGUCCUUUUUUUCUAAAAGGUGAAGUGCAAUGCUUUAGAUCAAAGGCAACAGGAUGCAAACAUUGCUUGUACGAUUCCACUAGAGCAACUCACUGAGCAUGUGGCUGCUGUUUAAAAAUUUACUUAGUGCUUUGUUUUGUUGAGAUGAUCUCCCUAUAUCCUUGAGAAAUCUGAUCUGUGGAUUGAGUGUUUCUUUACAAGCUAAUGAAAUUAAAGCUGCUGUGAGCAAAGAGAAUAAAAACUAGAGCUUGGAAUAGAAGGAUUCAUUUGCUCUCUUCUUUAGAGUGGUUCCCAUGCCACUUGAUUUCGUCUCAGAUUAUUUAACUGUUACUUCUCUGUUCAGAUUUUCCAGCUUCAUUGUGCAGUUGUAGAACUCACUUCUGCUAUGUGAAAACAUGGUGCAAAGUACUUAGGAAAAAAAAUUGCUCCACUUGUUUUUACUUAUCUCAAAUCCUUCAAAAGGUUUUAGAAGACUUCUUAAAAUACCAACGAUCCUCCCACAGUCAUUAAAAUUCUUCUGUUGCUGGCUGCCUCUCAUCCAAGUAAAUCCUCUUGAAGUUCAAAUGUAAGGGUGUUUGUUUCAGCAAUUGUACUGGUGGGGAGUUGUGUAUUAAAAGGAAUAUGAUUGAUGAAAUCAUUUGCAGGUCAAAGAAAAUGUGUUUUUCCUACUUGUUUUUUUCAGUGGCAGCACAAGUCUGAAAACCAAUUGAAAUGAUUGCCUUUCAAUGAAGGAUUAUUAUGUAAAAUUUUAACUCCCUGUUGCUAUCACAUUUAGAGAGGCUGGGUGGCCCAUUUGUCCACAGAGCUGUUAAUCACGGCAUUUACAUGAAAAGUUGCAAAUAUAUUCUGUGUUUGACAUGCAUUGCAUUUCUUGUCAACCCCUUUUUUGCUCCAUGUUCUCUGAGAUCUUUUGGUAGCUUCAGGCUAGCUGCUAACUGAGAUGCUCGGUGCUGAGCAGAUAGCUGGCACAAGGAGAAAGGGCAGAGCCUUUUCAGUGAUUCCUAAAACCAAGCACACCUGUCUGCCCAUAAUGCACCAGUAACAGGAUUUUUUAAAUAGUUGCCCCCAAGAUCCACCAUUGUUUUUUUAACUCUGUCUUUCCCAACUAGUCACAGCUGCGGCACUGCUUAAAUAACCUGGCAGUGAAGGCUUGGCAUAGGUCUACUGGUGAAAAAGAAAGGGCAGGUGUGCCAUGUUCAUGGUGCACACCAGGUCUGUCUGUUCUCACUGCAGUAGGUGUCCACAGACUAAAACCACGCUGCAUUUUCUGUGAAAGAAACAAAAGCCCACCCAGCAGAUUGUUCUCCCCAAGUGGGAUUAAAGAGGACACCACCAGAUGGAGAGGCUUUGGUGCAAACACCCGUAGUCUGUCUUUCAGUCGCUGAAACAAGGUGAUGCAAAGCAGAGCUGGGAAAGGCGUUUCUCUAGGGAAUCAUCCCUAGCUGCCAAGGCAUGACGCUGUCCCCGUUGUGCCUGUCGUUCCUUUGGGUCCCUUCUGACCAUGAGAUGGGAUGGAGAUGGCAGAGGUCAGCCUUAGCAGACUGGCUCUUUUCCACCUGCUGCAGAACCCAAAUACAGGCUUUUCUUUCCUGGUCCUCUUAAGGUCUUUCCUGUUGAGCAAUUUGCAAUCGCAAGUCUACCUAUCCAGUCCUUUCCGAUCAGUUCUUGCCGUUGGCAGUCAGUCUGUGCUAUAGGCUGAUGUCUGUAUGGAGGGGCUUUGCAACUGCAAUCUCAUUUGUUCAGCCAAAUUGCUCAGGCUUUACUGUUUGAUUGGAAAGGCCACUUCCAAUAGACAGAUAGCUUAAAGAGUAUUAAGUCUCACACCUCUUAAGCCAUGCCUGGUCAAGAAAAGGUGCCCUUUUCUUUCCUCCCAUUUUCUUCUCUUGGAGGAUUUUCCAAGAAGUUAUUCACCCAGCUCCAGUUUUCUAAGCCUAUCAAGGAGAAAAAAAGAGGUUGCUUUAAAAAAACCCAAAACAAAAACCGCAACAAACCAAAAAACAAGGGUAUUAAACUAUGCUGCUGUCUUCUGUGGUACAUGGAAAUCCAACCCACUGAUAAGCUGCUAGCAUUUUAACGAGAGCCUCCAUGAAAUGUUCCCGUUUGCCUGUGAUAAACUUCUGAUAACCAGAAGUGUAUGUGGGAGACUCAGGAAUCUGUUCAUUUGUUUUCCUGUUUAAACAAAACUAUGUUUAUAACACAAGUAUGGAGAGAGCCAAUGAGGUUUGGCAAACAAUUUUGCUAUUAAGUGCACUUACUGUAAAUAUUUAGAGGUUGUAUCUAGUACAAUAAAGUAUUUAGCAUGUG